AUGCACAUCCUUAAAGGAAAAGCAGAUCUCCAGAAGGUCAAUAUCAAGGAAUCCAACCAGAGCUCACCGGUGAAGGUGGUUGUAGACGAAGGUCACAACGGUGUUUUUCGUGUGAUAGCUCGAGAGAAGCUAUAUACGGGAGACUUAUUAUGGUUACCACAGUGUAUCGAUCGCAAAGCUCCAAUCGCCUCUGAUAUCGAGGCAGUUGUACCUUCCAGUCCGGAGAAUAAGCCUAAAAGACCGCGGCAGAGUAAUGCUCCGAGCAAAGCGGCCUCGUCGAAGAACAGGAAAUCUCGGAGUUCUGGCACUUCACAGGUUGGUAAUGUGCAGUGCGGCGAAGCGGUACUUG